AUGGGCUGCUGUGCCUCUACCCCAUCGCGUGACGAUGACGACGACCCCCAGAAUAACCAAGACCGAGCCGAAGGUCACACCACACAAACAACCCUCGACGUCGCCGACUCAACGGCACCACAGACGACAACCCGCCACCGUCGCACCCAGCGAUCCCCCAACCUCCCACUAGACCAGCACUACAAUGAGCCCGUCCGCCCACACAUAUGGAACAGUAAGCGACGGAUAUGGACACGCACCGAUCUCGACCGCGAACGCCGCGAGUUCUUCGAAACCCGUGUCACGGGCCGCCUGGAGAUCUGGGCUGCGCUUUCAAGCGCAAUAUCCCUCAUUCAGAGCGGUGAUCUAGUCACGGCGCAGGGUAUCAUCGAUGCGGCAGGUGUUACCAUUCCGACGGGCGAUCUCUGUGAAGGUUGCUACGAUGAACAAGGAGUACUGUAUAGGCUACCGCAGUGCAUCGUUAGUGAUCCGGAGAAUAUUGCCCGUGGUGAAGGACAUUCGCCUGCGUCUGGAUCUGUUCGGGAGGAAGAUUCGGAUGGGAAGCUGGCGACGGAUGAUGCGUCUGGUGACGAGCUGAUUGCUGCGCAGGCUUUGGAGAGACGGCGCGACGAGAAGGGGAAAACUAGUGAGCGGGAUUUGAUCCGGGUUUUUGCCCGGUUGAGUGAUCGUGAUGGACCCGAUUUGAUGAUGCUUGUUGGUAAAAGUCAGAGUGUAGGCUUUUUGGCAAGGAAGGUCCAUCAAGAAGCAGGGGUAUGCCUUCUAAAUAACCAGCGUGUACGAGUCGCUUACCUUGGCCAUAUGCUGAAAGAGCAUGAGUCGUUGGUUGACCAAGGCUGGAAGAGUGGCCAUGUCAUUAACGCACUCAUUGUUGGUAGGCCGUCUGUAUGA